AUGUCUUGUAUACUAAUCAAAGCAAAAGGGGGAAUCAACACUUAUACCGAUCAACUUUGCUACAAGAUUCAGUAUUAUCCACAGACUACUAGCCUAGACGAGAUCAACAAGGCCCCGGCCCGCCUCGCAGAGAGAGUCAAGAACGCCAAGCCCGUCAACGGCACGCUGGAAAGGAAUAACUGCGUCGAGCUGUAUGGCCAGCCAGGUCCGGAGGAUGACCAUGCCGGUGUCUUUCCCGACAGCCUCGGCGGCGGCAAGGCCUCUGACAGUGGAAGCUCCUCUGGCUCUCCGUCCUCGGAUGGCAAGAAGAGCGGUGCAUCGUCUCUGGCUCCCAUUGGCGCGCUCUCAGGAUUUGCCCUUGUUGCUGCUCUCCUUUAA